AUGUUUCUGUUUGCUGUAGGAGAUUUGCAUGGAAACCUAGAUGAUCUUUUGCUGAUAUUCUACAAGAAUGGUCUGCCUUCAGAACAAAACCCUUAUGUCUUUAAUGGUGAUUUUGUUGACAGAGGGAAAAAUUCUAUGGAAAUACUUAUAAUCCUGUUUGCAUUUCUUCUUAUCUACCCCAAUGAUUUACACUUGAAUAGAGGAAACCAUGAAGAUUACAUCAUGAACCUGAGAUAUGGCUUCACAAAAGAAGUUUCAAAGAAGUACAAGGACCACGGGAAACAGAUUUUGUGUCUUCUGCGUGAAGUCUUUAGCUGGCUUCCCCUCGCCACUAUAGUUGAUAGCAAAGUUCUUAUCCUACACGGAGGGAUUUCAGACACCACAGAUUUGGAUUUCCUGAAUACACUUGAGAGAAAUAAGUUGAAGUCUUUGAUGCGGCCACCGAAGUCAGUGACAGAUAGACAGGACCAAGUGAAGGAGAAUAUUCCCACCACCAGACCCAGUAAACACAUUGCCAACCAGAACGUUGCAGGGAAAAGGCAACGCAUCUCUUCAUCGGGCUCCACUGAGCCUUCAGGCUCAAAUUUGCCUCCAGACCCCGCCCUGAAGGAAUGGAAACAAAUCCUUGACAUUCUCUGGAGUGAUCCAAGAAGCCAAAAUGGCUGUACACCGAACAAGUGCCGAGGAGGAGGUUGUUACUUUGGCCCUGAUGUCACUGCCAAGCUGUUUGAAAGGUAUAAUCUGAAGAUGCUCAUCAGGUCUCAUGAAUUUAAGCCAGAAGGUUAUGAGAUCAGUCAUGAUGGGAAGGUUAUCACUAUAUUUUCUGCUUCUAACUAUUACGAAGAGGGGAGCAACCGGGGAGCAUACAUCAAACUGAAUCCUGAACUGAUCCCUCGGUUCGUACAGUAUCGAGUCAGCAAGCACACACGCAGGCAGAAUCUUCAGGAGAGGGUGGGUACAAUUGAGUCAUCUGCCUUAAAGUCCUUACGAGAGAAGAUUUAUGCUCACAGGUCUGAACUCACUAGUGCUUUUGCGCAGUAUGACCUCAACGGCACAGGCAAGAUUUCUGUCAAUGACUGGGCUGCGGCGAUGGAGUCUGUCCUACAGCUGGAACUGCCCUGGAGGAUGCUGCGGUCUCAGCUAGCACAGACGAACCCAGACGGAGAAGUUGACUUCAUGUCAUGUUUUUACGAUUUGAAAAUAGGUCAACCUAAUAAAGAGGUUCAGCCAGCUCUGGUGGAAACACUGUGCAGAUACAGAAAGGAUCUGGAGAUCAUCUUUAACAUCAUCGACAAAGAUCACUCAGGCUUGAUUUCUUUUGAGGAGUUUGGCCAGACAUGGAAGCUCUUCACUUCUCACCUGGGCAUCGAUGUGUAUGACGAGUCCCUCGACAAGUUAGUCCUCAGCAUAGACCACAACAAAGAUGGCCACAUUGACUUCAGUGAAUUUUUAGAGGCCUUUCACGUGGUUCACAGACUAGAGAAAAAGGCAAACUCAUGA